GGUCGAGAGUUCUCGGUGAAACAUGGCAAACCGCAGCUGUUGUUUGGGAUGGACGAGAUCCAUGUAGAAUCCACUUUAUAACAGCUGCAAUUUGAAGAACGAAGAUGACUAGUACUUCGCCACCUCCGCAGUGUCCACCAGUUUUUAAAAAGACUUCACAGAUUCCCUGCAAAUGGGAAAAAUGUACUGCCAUAGUCUCUUGCAGUAGUGAUUUGGCCGAGCACAUCACAGAGGUUCAUGUGGAUAAACAACGUGGUGAAACUUACAUUUGUCUGUGGGGUGGAUGUAAAGUGUACAAUACCCCAUCAAAAAGUAAAACUUGGUUAACCAAGCAUGUACUCUUCCAUAGUGGAGGAAAACCGUUCAAAUGUGUGAUAGGAGGCUGCCAUGCAAGUUUUGGUUCCUAUCAUGGAUUAGCAAGGCAUGUGCCAACUCAUUUUAAUGAUAAUAAUGGACAACAAAAAACAACCAGAAGUAAAGAAGAUAGUCCUGCCAAAAUAUUUAAGAAAAAGAAAAUGCGAUACAAAAGAAGGCUGUCUCUUGUGAAACCUGAUGAUUAUUUUGAUUCUCGAAUUGUUGAUGUAUUGAAACACAAAUUAUUGCAACUCAAUAAGAAAACCAAGCUUGAUACAGAAGGUGGUGGAAAUAGUAUAAUAUUCCGUAGUUCAGUCAUAGGAAGAAGAAAAGAAAGCAAUGGAAAAGUUAAACUAUUAUUACACUGGACACCAGAACAUUUUUUACCAGAUUCCUGGGUUGCAGAAAACCAAGCGAUUGGUUUACAAACUAAAGUAAUGCCCUUAUCAAGCUUACCAAGAGACUCUGUCUGUCAACUUGAUCCGGCCAAGCCUCAUUGUCAUAUCAGAAAUCAGAGAAAAAACAGACGCAAGUAGUCCUCCAAUCAGUAAGCACCAUUAUGAAAAGGACACCAAGCUAAGACUUCAGUGCUUCUAUUUGGAUCAAGAUUAUUUAAUGACAUCUUGUCUAAGUUAUGCUCAUGCGAGUGAUGCAUCAGUUGCAACUUAAGGGGUUAGCUCUCAACAGACUACCUAGUUCAUCUAACAUUUGCAGCUGCAAUUUGAGAAGUGUACCAAAGUUUCACAAUGAUGUUUGUUCAAUAUUACAAUACAUGAUUUUAAGAACAUUUAUUCAGCCCUGUGCCAAUUGUAUACUGUUUGAUAUCUAAUCCAUCAAAUUUAGACUUGCCUUGCUGUCAAAUUUUCCCAUCAUAUAAAAAGAAAUAUCACAUGGAAUGAAUUUUCCAGAAAGAUGUAAAUUGCCACAUCCCAACAACUUUCUAACCACCACCAUGGCAUCUUUAUCAGGUGUUGAAUAGUAGUAGUUGUACACAUGUAGGUUUCAAUGCUACAAUGAAGAAGUACGUUACUAUAUACACUUAUGGGUGACUGUUUCCUCCCCGUAACAUUCUGUGGUGAGUUCAAUCAUUGAACAAAUACCUCUCAGUACAUUUAUCAGUACAUAAUCCUGCUUAAAAUAACACUGUUAUUUCCAUCAUUCUCAAGAACCUUUCUAUCAUUUUUACCUUGCCUGUGUCAUCAAAGAUGAAAGGGAAAGGUAUAUUUAGGAAAAUAUCUUGUCAUCAUUGUUAGUAAUUGUUAAUGUGUAUACAAUAACUUUACUAAUUCUAUUCCAAACUGUUUAGUCACCUAAUUCAUCUGUAUAAAAUCUUUAUUUUUCCCUUAGUGUUAGUGUCAGAUGUCCUGUAUGAAAAUAUCAUGCAACAAUUGGGAAAGUAGUAGUCAAAAUCUGAUAAAAAAAAUGUGGCUGUUUCUACUUGACUGAUUACUGGUGAUACACUAUUCAGAGGUCACUGGUCCCAGAGAGAAUAUGCAUUUCUGUAUGUGUUCAGUGAAGUAAAUCAUUUAUCUUGCAAUCUAUAUCAUUGGUGUGUAUCUCCCAAAUCCCAUGGGAAUACUACACUAUGUUUCAACUCAGGAGAGAAUUCUUGGACAGUCUAAUACACAUUU